CGGCGGCAGCGGCGGAGCAACUAGAAGGCGAAAGGCGGCGGCGGCGGCGGCGUGAGGGCAGGCUGUGCCUGUGAAAUGAGACCAUGACAACUGAUGAGGCUACAAAGAAGGAAGGAGAAGUCCAGACAGCAACUCUUGCUGAACAAGGAGAGGAUAUCACACCAAACAAAGAUCGAGGAGUUCUGAAGAUUGUGAAGAGACCAGGGAAUAAAGAUGAAUCUCCUAUGAUUGGAGACAAGGUUUAUGUCCACUACAAAGGGAAGCUGGCCAAUGGGAAAAAGUUUGAUUCCAGCCGUGACAGGAAUGAACCAUUUAUCUUCAGCCUGGGCAAAGGCCAAGUCAUCAAGGCUUGGGAUAUUGGGAUUGCCACCAUGAAAAAGGGAGAAAUUUGCCACUUGCUGUGUAAACCAGAAUAUGCAUAUGGUUCUGCUGGCAGUGUCCCCAAAAUACCUUCCAAUGCAACACUAUUCUUUGAAAUUGAACUGCUUGAUUUCAAAGGAGAAGAUUUAUUUGAAGAUGGAGGCAUCAUCCGCAGAAUUAAACAGAAAGGAGAAGGAUACUCGAACCCUAAUGAAGGAGCUACGGUACAAAUCCAUCUGAAAGGAUUCUGUGCUGGUAGAAUGUUUGAUUGCAGAGAUGUAGCAUUUAGUGUUGGAGAAGGAGAAGACCACGACAUCCCCAUUGGAAUUGACAAAGCUCUGGAGAAGAUGCAAAGGGGAGAGCACUGUAUCCUGCAUAUUGGAGCAUUAUAUGGAUUUGGUGAAGCAGGAAAAAGUCAAUUUGGCAUAGAGCCAAAUGCUGAACUUAAAUAUGAAGUUACACUGAAAAGCUUUGAAAAGGCCAAAGAAUCUUGGGAGAUGGACACCAAAGAGAAACUUGAGCAGGCUGCCAUUGUCAAAGAGAAAGGAACUGUGUAUUUCAAGGAAGGCAAGUACCUGCAGGCAGUGAUUCAGUAUGGGAAGAUUGUGUCCUGGUUAGAAAUGGAAUAUGGCUUAUCAGAAAGGGAAUCUAAAGCUUCAGAAUCUUUGUUGCUGGCAGCCUUCCUCAACCUUGCCAUGUGCUACUUGAAGUUACGGGAGUAUGCUAAAGCGAUUGAGUAUUGCAAUAAGGCAUUGGCAUUGGACCAGGUCAACGAAAAGGGCUUGUACAGAAGAGGUGAAGCCCGACUGCUCAUGAAUGAAUUUGAAUUGGCAAGAUGUGACUUUCAAAAAGUUCUAGAUGUGAAUCCUCAAAACAAGGCUGCAAAGUCACAGAUCACAGUGUGUCAGAAGAAGACAAAGGAACACAAUGAUCGUGACCGAAAGAGAUAUGCCAACAUGUUCAAGAAAUUUGCAGAGAGAGAUGCAAAGGAUGAGGCCAGUAAAACCACAGGAGAGAAGGGAGACCCAGCAUCUUCUGAAGUUGGGCUAGAGAAGACAGAGACUGAAGGCAAAGAAUCAGAGGGUCAUGUAUGACUGCACAGCAGAAAAGGCAAUCCUUCUGAACUCAGCCUGCAUUCAAACAGGUUUCUGAAGAACUCAGAAUUCAACAGUGUUUAUUGUAAAGCUUGUUUCAGUAGGCGUUAUCGUGGAAGCAAAAAGCCUAUCCAGCAGCUUCACAGGAAACGUAUCAAAUCACCACUGCUACGAGCAUGCUCAGCAGUGUAAUGUGAGCAGAAGGGUAGUGCGGGACCACUCCAAGUGGAACAAAUGGUUUAAAAAACAAAUACAAUGGCUCUUGGCUAUAGAAUUUUUUUUAAAAAAAACUGAGAUGGCUCAGUAGAACUCACUUCUGUUUGCAUUGACUCUUCAGACAGUGACCAGGGCUCUAUAAAAUGAGUUGGCAUAUAGGAACUGUCUGCUGUAUAAUUUUGGCAUUGCAUUUGGUUGUACUGUAGUAGCACCACAUGAGUGUACAUUGUCUUUUUAAAAAGAUACACAAAGUGCUAUCACUGCAAGGCAUUGCUCUAGCAUUACUAGAACCAAGUGGAAAGUGGUUUUAGGGACUUGAAAGCCAGACUCCUAGGAUCUCUUUAUCUUAGAUUUCAAAUGCGAUUUUGUAGCACAAACUGGUUUCUCGGGAAGCUCAGUAGUCCAUAUUAUAUUUUUAUUCUUAACUGAUUGCUUGCUUGCAAGAUCCCUGACCCUGUGAUGUUUGUGCACUGCAGAAGUGUAUAUGCCAACUGCUGUGCAUGAGUAUUUCUUCUCUCCCAACCCUUCUAUUGGCCAAAAAAAAAGGUUAGCAUUGUUGAUUCUAAUAGUGCUGGCAACCUUCUUUGGGGCGAGGGGAGGUGAAAUGAGUUAGGUGCCCUCUUCUUUCCCUCCUCUACACUAGAAGGAGCUGGGGAUAUCCGUGGACCUGUCUUGCUAAACCAGGGCAAAUGUAUGCAGGGCUGAGCUUAAAUAAAGUGUUUAGGCCUUUCUAAAAGGCAUUUUGGAUGCCCUUCCUGAAUACAAUAUUGUUGAUUGGUAUAUAAGAACAUUUCUUUCCAAUAAAUUACUAGUUCUUCUAACAAUGCAGCUGUGCAUUUUCCUACCACAUUAAAAUAUGUUAAGGGAGGAAGCUGAUAAUGUAGUCUUAAAAUUCUUGCUCAUUUUAGGAUUUGUAUUUUAAAUUCUUCUUGGGAUCUUGGGUGGGUUUUUUUUCCUCUAAAGUUAUGCCACUUUUUAAUUUUUUGGAUAGAGAGGGUCCAUUCUCAAUUGUACAAAUGGUUUUUAACCAUUUUAACCAGCUUGAACCAAUGGACUUUUACUGAAGUUGUACAUUCUGUGUUACCUCUAACAAUAUUGAAAUACAUAAUGAACUCCAUCUGGAGAACGCUAUUCACUAGCAGUGUCAUCAUAAUCAGAGUUAUGCUGUUCAAAGCCCAUUGACUUCAGGGUUCUUAGACGGGUGUCUUCUGUUUAAGACGGCACUAUAAGUUCCUCUAAAGUGAAGAGAAUGGAACCAAGUUAGUUGCAAUUAACUUAUCCUGUUGCUUUUGACUGAACUUAUGCGUGGCUAAUUUUCUUUUUACUUGGGCCAGUAAGUUUACUGAUUUGUGAUGGAACAUGGAACAUAAUCACAGCAUACUGCUAUAACUCCGUUACAGUCUAGGGCAUUCUACUUUCCUAGGGACAACAUCGUGAAGUUUUUAAACAAUUUUAAUUAUUUCACUCUACAUUUUUAGUUUUCAGAGGGGAGUUAACAUAUUCUAAAUGUCAUUGUCCUAUCAGUUUCUGUUUUGUUAAUAUGCAAUUCUUGAUUCUUCCUAUUUCCUUCUGUUCCUACUGGGGAUAACAUCUCGUCUCACACUCUCUCCCUUCUCUCCCCAUUUCCACUACUGUUUUGUGUAUGAUCACAGCAAACUGAGGAAAACCUAAAUCUUUACUAGUAAUGUAUUCAGACCAUGUACGGGAUAGCUCUACUUGCCUUAACUGAGGGAUGUUGCAAAACAGUCAGAACGUUACUGCCGAAAGCUGCUGGUUUCCUAUUUGGGUAUUGGGGAGUUCUUCCACAUUUGAAAUUUGAGUGGUAGUUCCAUUUUGAUUAAGGAGACAUUCAGUUAAUACAGUAAAAACUGAACUCCUGUCUACGUAACAAAGUGGUUGAGCACUUUUGUCCAGAUGAAUGUUGAGGUUGCUGUGAGAUGAAUGGAUAAAGGUAUACUUAACAUGCACUGAACAGCAAUCUGGCCUUGUGACUCAGCACUCAAUCAUUGCGCUGCAUGGCCAGCUCUAAUGCACUUUGGUGUCAAAUUGUAGAUGAAAGGCUCUUCUUUCAUAAACCAGAUUGAUAAAGAAAGGAGAACAUCAUUUACAAGAUCAGAUUACAGAUCAUUUUUGAUUUUUUUUUGCUUGUUGUUAUUUAUACAUAAGCCCCCAUGAAUAAUGCAAAGGACUUCUGUAUUCAUAGUGAACUAGAGAGAAGUUCAAAUCCUGACUUUGAUCAAGCCUUAUAUAGGUAACAAAAGAAGGACUGUAUAUACCUAAUAUUGUAAAACUAAUGUUGGUUGAAAGCAGUAUUUGGAAUAAGCACUAAUUUUCUGGUUGUCUGUAUAUUUGUUUGAACCUCUUAUUUUGUUUGAAGAAAUUUAGGCAUACUCAUUCUGUACUUUGUAAAUUAAUAUGAUUUUAUGUCUGCCUUGUAUAGACAGAGAAUUUUCCUAUUUCUCAGUAUGAUUUUUAUGAUGAUGAUUUUUAAUGUGAAUAAGAAAAAUCAAAUUAGCAGCCUUGUUCCUUCACUCCCAGCAGAAAGAUAUCUCCUAAGUGAAUGGUGCAACUGAUCUUAGCUCUCUGAGCCCAGAACUACACAUUACACUUAACAUGUGAACCCAACAGGGACUGGCAGCAGGAUGCUAGUUGUGAGUUCCUUGUGGGGUUUCAAUUCUAAAAGUGCCUCAGAGGUGCAAUGCAGAAUUGGGACCAUGGUGUAUGGGAGGAUGUGGCUCCAGCCUUCCAUCCUGUACCAUAUUCCCAACUACAAAUGGCCAUGUAGGGUGUUAUUUGCCCCAUGGUGGUGGUUGGGAACUGCAUGCACAAGAAAUUCUGUGUACAUGCAGCCUCUUGACAGGGCAAAUAAUACCCUCAGGGCUAUUUUGGGUUGGGAAAAUGCAGCAUGGGGGGGAGGCCGGAGCUCAUCCUUCUCCACACAUGGGGACAGCUGUCCAAAUCACCUCCUGUGGUGCUUUAGAAUUGAAUCCCCAGGAUGAACUUUUAGCUGGCAUUUGGCUGCAAGUCACCGUAGUGAUCACAGGCCAAAUCUGAUGUAUAGUUUGGGCCUCAGAUUCUUGAGAAAUGGUGCAGGGCACACUUUGUUCUUAGCUAAUUGACCAUACACUGCUUUUUUUAGCUACAGGAAGUACUUUUAUUAUUAGAAGCAGACAAGACUUGGACAGUCAAUGCCAUCUCUUAACUGUGGAGCAACAAUAAAAAUGAUCUCUCUACUGUCUUCCCAAGGUAAAAAUUGGGGCUGAGAUGGAGGAUGAAAUCAUGUAGUAUCUAAAAGUAUGUUCCAAAUUUCAUUGGAAAUCUGUUCCAUACUACAUUUAAAGUUACUUUCUACUCUCUUGAAUCCUGUCUUUAGGGCAAGUAAGCCAUUUAGCUAAUUUAUGUGCCAGCCUUAAUCAUCCCAUUUCAUGUAACAACUUGUGGUUGUGUCAUGUGGUGAGCCUUCCAGAACUUCAUCAAGCAAUCCUUAACAUGGCACAACUAAUCUUUUCUAUCUUCCCACAUCUUUGUUCAGUUACUCCCAAGGUUGGGGUGACUGUCUCAGUUCCCCACCAAUUGCCUGCUAGUAGAAUUUUGCUGAGGACAUCUGACAGUUUAGCUGCUGUGGUUUGGAAACUUGAAUCUCUGCAGGUGCAUGUUCAAGCAGCUUCCUGUUUUGCCAUCAUGUAGAGCUAUAAUCUAUUCUUGGUUUUAUGUCUGUUGGAACAUCAAGAUAACUGCACCUACCUCACUCCUGUGGUUCUCAUUUUGUUCUGGAAAACAGCCAUUUUAUGUUCAGUUACUUUCUCUAAACUGAACUGGGACUCUUCAGAAGCUCUGUUCCAUAAUGAAUGGCCAGUUAGCAUCCUAAAGCCUUCUCAGUUGUCUUGUAUUAGAAUCUGUUGCUGAGAACAGAGGUGCCAGCAGCCUACUUAAAGAAACUUUUCUAAAUGCUAAAACUUUGCAGGCCCUUGUCCUUUAUUUCUUUUUAUGUUCCCUCCCUAGACAUUUUAUGAAAUGUUUCUUCACCUGUUUCCUCAAAGCCAUAUGAAUCCAUUUUAUGGUCAAUCAGACAAUUGGUCCAUCAGUUGAUCAAUCAGUACUUUCCACAUGGACUUCCAGAAGCUCUCCAAGAUCUUAAGCAAGGAACUUCCCUAACCCUUCCACCAAAGGUAACUUUUUAUUUGGAGAUUGAACCAUGGACCCAUCUGCAUGCAAAGCACAUAGUCUCUCACUAAAAUAUGGUCCCUUCCUCAAACUCCCUCUUAUUUAAACACCCAAAAUUAGUAAUUAAUUUAACCUGACUCAGUUACUAGCUCCUACUCAUCACUCUUUCUUUCUAUAGUGAUAGUCCUCUCUAUGGCUACCCAAAAGUUGUGGUUUUCCUCUUCUUGCCCUCUCUCAUUUCAGGAAGGGGAGAGGAUGUAGCUAAUAUUGUAUUGGGCUUUAGGCAGUCUAGGGAACUGUGAGAAAACUGCUGCCCAUCGCUUAACUGUUCUCAUACAACAAAUGCAUUUACCAGCUUAAAUAUAUUCUUGCUGCUAGUAAGUGUAUUUGUGGAUGCCUGCCCAUCUUAUUGUUUCUGGUGGCCUAAAUAAUAGGAUGCUGAAAUUUAGUGCACCAUAUCCUACGGGUUUUUGCAUUCCACAUGGAAUCUAGCCUUGUUCACAAGUAACAGUGAACUCACAUAUAAUCUAUGUACUGUGUACACACCAUAUUUUUUCUUCAUGCACUGAAUAAUUCUUGUGUUAUGUUCAGUGCAUGUACAGAUGGAGGUAAGCCCCACAUUUAUCCAAAUUCUGGUUUCAUAUGUAAAGUUAAAAUGCUUUGGAUUUUCUUACAAACAUGCAUGAUGUACGUAAGUUCACUGUAACAUGAGAACUGGGCUACUUUUCUUUGUGGGAUGAUCCAAAACCUCCUACUAGGGACUUAAAGAACUUAAUAAAUGAAAGAGCAGACAAGUUGGUAAUUCACACACACACACGCGCACACACACUCUGACCAUUUUUUCUUUAAAAAUAAAAAUAAAGACGAAUGCCCCUAAAUGUCAUGUUUCCCUCUUGCUUUGCAAUAGUAAUGAUAAAAUAGUUUAGGAUGUGCUAAGCACACAUUCCAGAGACCUCUGACAUGAGGACAGUUGAAAUGAGCUACUCAGGGAUAAGAUUCCCCUUCCCACAGUAUAUUUCUGGGCCCCCAAUAUAUCUUUAAAACUUUGAAAUAGCAAGAGAUAAGUACUAGCUUGGAUGCUUUAAAAAAUGAAUUAAUUGAAUUAAUGGAGAAUAGGUCUGUUAAUGCCCUUUACCUGUACUAACUAAAUGGUGCUUUCUCAUUCAUAGAUAAGGUGCCUCCACAUAACAAACAUUAAUGAAAACCUGGGGAAAUUUUUACUCAUUGUGCUGUGCAUGGAAGCUUCCAGAAGCAUCUGGAAAUAGAAGGCUCUGAUAUAUAGACCUUCACCUCAUGAUGCAAGAAAGCAGCUUUUAUACUAUAUUCUUAGGAACUGAGGAGCCUCUGAAAUUAGCUUCUUUGCUUUGUAUGUAGAGACAUGCUCCCCUCUCCAGGUCUGUGGUUAUGCUUUAAACAGAGUUGGCUUCUACCUUGAGGCCUAUAGGGAAGCCUACUUGCAGAAGAUCUCCAUGUGUAUAAGGGAGCUUUUUUCUGCCAGAAGAGGAUCAGUAGACUGGAGCAUUAAUGUUCAGAGAAGAAGACCAUUCAGAAAUACAAGAGCGGAUGCAGCUAAUGCAGUAAUGCUGUGAAAAUCAUUUAAGGAUUUUAGAGGCAAAAAUCUAAGGGCUGCUUCAAGUAUUUUUCCAAUACAAGGUUAAUACUGAAUGUUAGCUAUUUAACAUACUUUUUCUGUGUAAAUUACUGUGGUGGGGCAGUAGUUUAGUAGGCUAGCAUUGGAGGGCUACUGAGUUUUCAAUGGUAGACAGCCAAACCAGCAAUGGGAACUGAAUGCCUACAUCCCCCUUCUUCCCCCAUAUUCAACCACAUCCUGAUGCAGCUUCUAGCUUAGCUCUCUGCUAAGCCCAGAGCCUGUGGUACAGAGGCUGAAGGGGUUGUAUGCCCUCUCCAGAGUUCAAGGACUAUAAAUGAUAGAAAAGAGCUGCACAUUCAGCUCCUGAAUCACAACCACGUGUUAAAUGCAGCCAUGUAUACGGCACUCUUUCAGGGACACACAGCCAUUUGAGUGCUUGCCAAGGGGCAAAUGAAUAAAAAAUUGACAAAUUACAAAGCUGCUAUAAAAAUGUGGAUGGUCUGUUUUUCCUCCUGAUACAUCUGUUAGGAAGUCAGAAAAACCCAUACAUGUGAUGGCUUCCUCGUAUCUUGUAUUUGUACUACUAACCAUUUACCUCUCUUUUAAUUUGCUAUGGCUGCACUGAAUUUAUGACAAGCAUCUCCCAGAUCCUGAUCCACCUCUCCUGGGUUUUCAACCUCAGAGUGAAAUAGAAACAUGAUACUUUUUAAAGCUCUUUUUUCUGACAUGGAUAUUUAUCUCCUUGUCGGAAAUACAUUACAUCCAAAGUGGCCUUGAAAAAGAGUGUGUGUGGGGGGGGGGGGGGCUGAUUGUUUUCUAUUACAAUUUACAAAGAAAAUAGCCGAGUGGGCUUUCUACCUCAAGUGCAUAAACCCUUUGCACCUCCCUUCUUCAGUGAGAAGAUGCCUUGCCCCAGUUAUGCAAGGCAGUACUACCAAAUAUCUGUAACAAAGUACUUUCAGCCCAGCUACAGCACUUUAAGGAACAGGGAAGGGGAAUGGUAACUUACACUGAAGUGUCCUCAUAAUUUGUUGCAAGUACAACAGAAGCCCAGACACCAUGGCCUUAAGGGUGCAAUUUAUUCAUUAUCUUUUUCUUCAUUCAUGUUUUACCCCAAACAGCAAAUUUUUCCAAAUCCAUCUAUUUAUCACACAACUGACUUGGAGGUGCUGCUAUAUGGAUAUCAGAAUUGCCUCUCUUCCAUUCUGCUGGAGGCAAAUCCAAUUUAUCGCAAGUGAUCUAUGUUUCUUCUUUUCAGUAAUGGAAUGAAAGAAGCACAGAUGGGGCAAUAAAUUUGUUGAAGAGUGUGUUUGGCAUGUGUUUGGUGAAUGAAGGCACUAGACGUUGCUGGAGCGCGGGUGAUGAUGUUGAAGUAUUGCUGUUGUAUUCAAUACAAACAUACCUUCUCCUCUAUUAAAACUGGUUCUGCAAGUUCAGUAAGGAUAAAGGCCAAGCUACACAUUACGUGGGAAAUCUAUGAUCAGAUCCCCUGACCUUAUUCUUUAACAUUAAAAAUUGGGUGUCAGGGUGUGUGUGUGUAUAAUCUGGAUGAGGCCCUUUGCUCUGAUGUGCUACUGAGAGCUGAUAUUUGCCAUGGUAAGGGAAUAUGAGAGGUAAAUGCAGGUGCAUCUUGUGGGGGGGGGGGAUUUCUGUGAGGCAAGUGGAGGAGGAAGGAACUUUUUUUUUAAUGUUAAAGAAAAGGACAAAAAGAUCCAGUCACAAACUUCCUAUAUAGCAUGUAGUGUGGACCUUAACUUGACCUGGGUAACACCUAGCUGUACAGGGUGACUAGUGGCAAAGUCAACCCAAAUACUCCAUGUUGCACACGUACCCCCC